AUGGGUCGGACUGCAUACGAAGUUCUAAUUGACUCUAUUAAAACUUUGGCUCCAGAUGGAGGUUCAUACACAAUAAGCGGCAUGAAGGACGCGUUAUUGAUUUGGGCUUAUGAAUCCGUCACAUGCUUUGGUGAGAGUUUUGGGAGAGUGAUCAAUAACGAAGACGUUCCGCUUUUGCGAUGGGGUGGAAAGCGUACAAGUGCAAGCUUUGAUAAAUUGUUGUCUGCCGAAAUCGAAAAGCAUGGCGAGGUGCGUGUGAGGAGAAUGGUUUUGAAUGACUCAAUUGAAGAGAUGUUUCCUAUUUGGCUGUGUGAAGAUGACGACCCACAACUCGUUAGGUUGAUAAUAGACAUACAUUCAGGUAGAUUUGUGAAAGGUUUGUGGGAAGUGCAGAUGAAUGCAAAGGGUAAGGGGAAUGAGAAGAAGAGAAUGAAGGGUGGAGUUUCGUCAGAAGCUGAGCCACCCACUAAGAAGCAGAAGAAAGUUAAGACACAGAAUGAGUCUGAAGCUGAAGCAGCGGGAAAGGGUUCUAGCGAGAAGGAAGGUAACAAAGAGUUGGUGUUGGAGAACAAAGCGACUCUAACGACCAUUGUGAGUACUCUGGAUAUUAUUUCCAGAAAAUUUGAUCAGGUUGACUCACGGUUGGAAGCUUACGAGUUAGACCGGAACAGACCAUUGAUGGACCAAAAGACCAUUGAUGACAGGGUGAAUGCUUUACAGAGGAGCGUCUGA